GUUUCGCUGGGAUGGACUUGUUCCUUCCUAUACAUACUCGAUCUCUUUUAGAGGUCGAUCAAUUACGGCCACUAUUAUCUCUUCGGUUCGUCAACCUAUAUAAGAUCCUUCUUCUUCCAUUUUCCCUUCAUCUCAUCGCAAUCCUAUCCACACAAUGUCUUCUUUCCAUCUUCGUCCUGUACCAGACCAUUCUCCCUCCCCACCCUCAAGCGCCUCUACCACAACCGCAGGAGAUCAUAGUCCCCUUCACAAAUCAUCAGCAAUUCAUACAUCACCACAAUCAGGCGCACCAAGGAGACCUCUCUCUCCAAGUUCUUUGCGUGAUGUGAACCUAACUCAGGAUGGUAGUUCAACACCCAGAAAGUACCCAGCACCACCCACAGGUCAUGAGCUCAUGGCCCUUUUCCCUCCUGCACCACCAGCAAAUUUCGCAGAAAUGAGACCUGGCCCUACAAGUGGUUUCUUCCAACGUCAAGAGCGCGCAUUCUUCGCUCAAGCCGGUAGAGAGAUCGUCCGUGUUCGUGUAGAAAUCGACGUACCCCAGCAAGAUGAUAUCCAUAACGGCACUAAAUCUAGGGAGCCGCCACAAAGUGGCGUACCACGCUCGUGGCCACAGCUUCCGCCACACCCUCAGCAUCAUUCACCAAUUGAUUCCCCGAUGGGUCCCUAUCCCCAUCAUUCAAAGCAACCCCGGUCUUCCCGUUCAAUGCCGACUUCCGCCCAACCACCAUCCAUGUUUCCCGUGGCACCUCACGGGCAACCACCUCAACCCCCUCUCAAUCUCCACUCGUCAUCACAUCAUAGUGGCGUCGGUUUACGUAGUCCACCUCAUGAUGUACAUCCGGUUCCUGGGGCAAAAGUAGAAAUACCUGCUACAGAGGAUUACCGAGAAGAUUCAGAUGAUGCCUGGCGGAGGCCAACACCUUAUGCAGAUCGCCGGCGAGCUGGGAAGCAUACGAAGCGUAUCGUCGUUCGAAAUUGAUGGGUUGACAGAAGUGCCUUCGGUUGAUCCGAUGAUAU